CCCGAACCUGAUCUCCACUACCCACCGCCGCCGAACGUACGCCGUGCUGAAGGCCGUACAAUAACACCCUGGGCGAUUUGCCCGCGAGACACCUGCGUCUCUGAUCCAAAUACCACCGUCUGUCGCGUCCCCGUUUUUCGACCCACCUCGCCAUCCUAGCCGCCCCGGCCAGUACCGCGCGCAAAUUCAGGAUAUGGCAGCCCCGGCGACCAGCAACCCACCCAGUGGGACCUCAAAGCCUGCUGCGUCACCUUCUGCGACUGCCUCUACGGCGUCGUCCCUGCACUCCAUGCCGGACGCGACUGUCCUGCCGCCUCCUGUCAUCCACCAAUCCGGAGCGCAUGGAGUGCAAGCCGCCGCCGAAGCCCUUUUGAAGCCGAAAAAACCAACCAUGUCGUCGCGUCUGAGCAGCAUGUUUGGCUCCAAGGAGGCUGCCGCGAAGCAGUCGAACGGAGACGCCGUCAAGGCCGCCCGAGCGCCCAACGGCGUGGACACUGCGAACGGCCGUCCGACUCCUGUGCGCCAGGGCUCCGUCUCGAAAGCCCCCAAAGAGCCCGCUCCCUACAGGCGCUUCUGGACCAACGACGAGGGCAGCCACGAGCACCACCUCAAGGUCGCCAAACGUCAGGAGAAGCUGUCCGACAUGUUCCAGAAUUUGAUGUUGGGCAAGAAGAAGGAGGACAACCCUGCCGACCAGCCUCUCAGUCUGAUGUCGAACUGGGUUGACGUCAUGCGCAACGAAAAAGAAAAGCUUGCCGAAGCCAAAAAUUCGACCAACCUACCCCAGACGUUGGUGCAGAAGUACGGCAAGUGCCAAGAAGUCGUUGGGCGAGGAGCCUUCGGUAUCGUUCGCGUCGCUCACAAGCAAGACCCCAAGGACUCGAAGCGCGAGCAACUUUACGCCGUAAAGGAGUUCAAGCAGCGACCCAACGAGUCGGCGAAGAAGUACCAGAAACGUCUCACCUCCGAGUUCUGCAUUUCGUCCUCCAUGCAACACCCCAACGUCAUCACCACUCUCGAUCUGCUUCAGGACGAGAAGGGCGUUUACUGCGAAGUCAUGGAAUACUGCUCAGGUGGCGACCUGUAUACACUUGUGUUGGCCGCUGGUCAGCUCGAGGUCGCAGAGGCUGAUUGCUUCUUUAAGCAGCUGAUGCGCGGUGUCGAGUACAUGCACGAAAUGGGCGUUGCACAUCGCGAUCUCAAGCCCGAGAACCUGCUUCUCACUUGCCACGGUGCGAUUAAAAUCACCGACUUCGGCAACGGUGAGUGCUUCAGGAUGGCUUGGGAGAAAGAGGCACACAUGACCGCUGGGCUCUGCGGCUCGGCACCAUACAUUGCACCCGAGGAGUAUGUCGACAAGGAGUUUGAUCCCCGCGCCGUCGACGUCUGGGCUUGCGGCAUCAUCUACAUGGCCAUGAGGACAGGUCGCCAUCUUUGGCGCGUUGCUCAGAAGGGCGAGGACGAAUUCUUUGAUCGCUAUCUCGAGGACCGCAAAGAGGAAGAGGGCUACCGGCCCAUUGAGGUCCUACGAAGACGUCAAUGUCGUAACGUGAUCUAUUCCAUCCUUGAUCCCAUACCUGCACGACGUCUCACCGCGCAUCAAGUCCUUGCCUCUGAAUGGGUUCAAGAGGCCAAGGUCUGUCACGCUGGUAACGAAGGCUUCUAGAACAAGGCUUUGCUCGUUGGCUUCGAAUCCUCUUAGACGACGCAGGCGUGCGACCACCAGCUAUUCAGAUGGCUGUAAUUCUGUUGGCGCUGGAAAGGGCCAAUCAUUCGACA